GAUCGUGCUUUCUAGUGACACUGUUUCUAACAGCAGCAGCAGUAUUGGCAUUUGGUGAGCAACCUUGUUUUACACAAGACUUGAAAAUGAAGAUGUGGUUGAAUGAAAUCUGAUCGAAAAUGUCGGGAUUUGAAUUGUUGCCAGUGCCUCUGUCUAUGUAUGGGAUAUGUCAGUUGCUCUUGGAAUACAAUGCAAUCCCGCAAGCAACUGGAUCAUUGUAAAAUUUGGCACAGAACGCACGGGGAUGCUGUCUAAUAGCGUUUCCUUCCGUGUUGAAAAUUAACCAACCCCCUCCACAAAACCCAAAAAAAAAAAAAAAAAAUAAAAAAAAAGCUGAAAAAAUCAACCUGCAUUAACCUCAAAACUUUGCGUAAUUAUUUAUUUAAUUUUGUGGUCUGAAACUCACAGGGUUUAGGUUAUGGUUUUAUUACAAGUGUAAGUUACGUACAAGAAGAGGAUGUAGUGGAAGUAGGGUGGGGGGAAGCUACGCAGUAAACAAGUAACCAGAAAAGGAUAGAUGGAGAGGUCGAGCAGAAGAGAGCUACUAAAACAACGGGGAUCCCCCAAAUCCGACUCGAGACGUUAAAGACGCACUAUUGUAGGAAGGCAAAUGUUUGCAGGGUCGUCAGUCGUCGCUGCGGAGAUAAAAGUGGCGGCAGUUACCACUUGGAUGGGAUCGUUCCCUACCUCCUCCUUUUCUCUUCCCUUCCCCUUAACUGCGUGCAUGCAUCUCUCUCUCUCUCUCUCUCUCUCUCUCUCUCUCUGCUUGUGAGAAAGAAAAGGGAUGAAAGAAACUAAGUAAUAGCUAGGCUUAUUAGAAUUAGAGAGUUACAGACAGCUGAAUUAAUCUCAAAGCCAAGGGCUCAACAAGAAGAAAAAGGAAAAUGGGUAAGAAAGACGUGAUUCGGUUAGAGCGUGAAUCUGCCAUUCAAGUUCUCAAGCCCAAACUCUUCAUGACCUUGGCUAACCUCAUCGAGGAAAGUUCUGAUCGCGCUGAGUUUUCCAAGCUCUGUAAGAGAGUCGAGUACACAAUUCGGGCUUGGUAUCUCCUUCAAUUUGAGGAUUUGAUGCAACUAUACUCCCUGUUUGAUCCUGUCCAUGGGAGUCAGAAAUUGGAGCAGCAGAAGCUUUCUCCUCAAGAAAUUGAUGUACUUGAACAGAACUUCCUCAAGUACUUGUUUCAGGUGAUGGAAAAGAGUAAUUUCAAGAUUGCAACUAACGAAGAAAUUGAGGUUGCGCAGUCGGGGCAGUAUCUUCUAAACCUUCCCAUCGUUGUUGAUGAAUCUAAGCUUGACAAUAAACUUUUGAGGAAAUACUUUAACACGCAUCCUUGCCCAAACAUUCCAGAUUUUGCUGAUAAGUACGUCAUCUUCCGACGCGGCAUUGGACUUGAUAAGACUUCAGAUUACUUUAUCAUGGAGAAAGUGGACAUGAUCAUUGCACGUUGCUGGAAAUAUCUUUUAAGACUAACCAAGACAGAAAAGUUCUUUUCAAAAAAGAAAGAGGCACAGCUCAAGAUAGAUCCAAAGAAGGAUGAUAAUAUUCGCCUCCCUGACCAAGAUCCAGAGGACUUGUUUGUUGAACGAAUCCGUAUUGAAAAAAUGGAACUGAGCAUUCAAAAUUUGCUGUGCAAGAACACAAUCCAAGAGCCAACUUUUGAUAGGAUUAUUGUUGUUUACAGGCGAGCAAGUACCGAAGAUAAUGAAGAGCGGGGAAUAUAUGUUAAACAUUUUAAAAACAUUCCAAUGGCCGAUAUGGAGAUUGUUCUUCCUGAGAAGAAGAACCCAGGAUUAACUCCAAUGGACUGGCUCACGUUCGUUGGCUCUGCUGUAGUAGGGCUGGUUGCAGUUGUUACUUCGCUCGAAAUGCCUCAAAUUGAUCUUUGGGUCAUUUUUGCGAUUAUUUCCACUGUGAUUGGUUACUUUGCUAAGACAUACUUCAGUUAUCAGCAGAACUUGGCUCAGUAUCAGAACUUGAUAACACAGUCCAUGUAUGAAAAACAAUUGGAUAGCGGACGGGGUACUCUCCUUCACUUGUGCGAUGAUGUGAUUCAACAGGAAGUGAAGGAGGUGAUAAUUUCAUUUUACAUAUUAAUGGAACAAGGGAAGGCUACCUUACUUGAUCUGGACAAGCGGUGUGAGGAACUAAUCAAGGAACAGUUUAACGACGACUGUAAUUUUGAUGUGGACGAUGCAGUUCAGAAGUUGGAGAAAUUGGGAAUUGUUACUCGGGAUACCCUUGGACGAUAUAACAGCGUAGGACUGAAACGUGCGAACGAGAUCAUUGGCACCACCACAGAGGAGGUUGUUCUUAAGGCAAAACAAGAUUCCACGCCCAAUGCUUGAUAUUUUCUGCUGCUCACAACUACUCCAUUAUAUUUAUUUCCUUGUUUGGAAUCGAAUUU